GAUUGGACAAAUAUCCUGGGCUGGACCAGAACUCGUUAUGUAAUCUGAUUGGGACAGAGUUUCUCCCACAGAGGCCGAGCUCAAAUAUGUCAGUGUUUUCUCCCAUUCACAAUGUAACUGAGAAUUGACUCACUGAGAAUUGUCCCCUGCUGCUCCCUGUAACUCCCUGUAACUCCCUUCUACUGUGUCCCUGACAUUCCCAUCCCCUGUACUCACAUCUCCAGCCUCAUCUACUGGUUUCAGAUUCUCCAGAGAUGGAAACAAGGAGGUUAGAGGGGAAAUGGGAGAAUGAAGAGCCGGACACUGAGGAUCCUCUGGACACAAUAAAGAGGGAAAUGGAUCCCGUUCCUGGGGCCGGUUCCCCAGAGACACAAGUAGAAAUGUUACAGAUAAAGAUAAAAGAAGAAGAUUCAGAUUCUGUAGAUCAUCAGAACCCAAAGGAAAGCUGUACAGCACCACUAACAAAUGGGGCUUCCCCAGAGCCACAAGCACAAAUCUUCCAGAUAAAGAUAGAGAAGGUGGAUGUAGAGUCGGAAGAUCAGAAGAACCCAAGUGAAUGUUCAGCAGUUGUACUUUCUGGUUUGGCUUCCCCAGAGCCACAACUAGAAAUAUUACAGAUAAAGACAGAGAAAGAAGAAUCAAACUCUGAAAAUCACCAGAACCCAAAGAAAAACUUGACAGCACCAUUUACUGAUGGGGCUUCCCCAGAGUUACAACCAGAAAUAUUACAGGAAAAGAUAAAGAAAGAACAAGCAGACCCUGAAGAUGAUCAGGACCCAGUGGAAAGUUCAUCAGUAGCAGUUAGUGUUGGGGGUGGGAACAUGAAGGCUGAGCACAGGUCUGACCUGCCCAAACCAGAGACUGACUCGGAGUCGGACACAAGAUCUGGCGACUGCUUCACAAGACUCGAUGGUUUUAUCUGCUAUAAAUGUGGCGAAACCUUCACCGUGAAUAGUCAUCUUCUCACCCACCACUGUGGGAAACACGAGAGAGUCGGCUCCAAAGAGAAACUAUUCAGCUGCACAGACUGCGGGAAGAAGUUUUCUUUAUUCCCUAGUUUAAUUACACACAAGAGAAUCCACGCAGGGGAGAAACCCUUCACCUGUACAGAAUGUGGGAAAACGUUUAAUAAAAAGCACUACCUGCGCAACCACCAGAGAAUUCACACAAAGGUGAAACAAUUCGCCUGUACAGAAUGUGAGAAACGAUUUACUACGGAGAGAGAACUCCAAACGCACCAAACCAUUCACACGGGAAGGGACCCGCUCACCUGUACAGAGUGUGGGAAAGUCUUUACUACAGAGAGAAGUCUAAAAACUCACCAAAUGGUUCACACGGGAAAGGGACCGUUCACUUGUACAGAAUGUGGGAAAAGCUUUACCACCGAGAGAAAUCUAAAAACUCACCAGAUGAUUCACACGGGAAAGGACCCGUUCGCCUGUACAGAAUGUGGGAAAAUCUUUACUACAGAGAGAAAUCUAAAAAUUCACAAAAUGGUUCACACGGGAGAGGACCCAUUCACCUGUACAGAAUGUGGGAAAAGCUUUACGACAGAGAGAAAUCUAAAAAUUCACCAAAUAGUUCACACGGGAAAGGGCCCGUUCUCCUGUACAGAAUGUGGACAAUGCUUUACUAGAGAGAGAAACCUAAAAACUCACCAAAUGAUUCACAUGGGACAGAACCCGUUCACCUGUACAGAAUGCGGGAAAAGCUUUACUGCAAAGUCCAGCCUUCGUGUGCAUGAAAGAACUCACACCGGAGAGAAACCAUUCACCUGUAGAGUGUGUGGGAAGAGUUUCGCUGACAGCCGCUCCCUUCAAGUGCAUAAAAGAAUUCACACCGGGGAGAAACCAUUCACCUGUACAAAAUGCGGGAAAUGUUUUUACGAGCAGAAGCAUUUAAAGAAGCACAAAUGCAAACCCUGUCGAUGUAGUCAGUGUCCACUAAUGUUCCGUGACACGGAAAAGCUUCGCGUGCACCAGGCGGUUCAUUCAGAUAAGAAAGCGCUCAAGUGUAAAUUAUGUGGGAAAUGUUUUUCUUGCAGGAGCCACCUUAAAAUUCACGAGAGAGUUCACACAGGGGUGAAACCAUUCACCUGUAAAGAAUGCGACAAAAGCUAUUUUUACAUCUCUGGUUUUGUUAGACACAUGAAACAAAAGCACCGAGAGGAAAAUGCUUCUUUAGAGGCUGCGAAGAUACAGUUCACCUGUGCAGUGUGUGGGCAAAGUUAUACUGAAAAGGAACAACUUAAAAUUCACCAAAGAAUUCACACCGGAGAGAACCCCUUCACCUGUACAGAAUGUGGGAAAAGUUUUUCUAAAAAGUGGCAACUUAACAUACACCAGAUGUUUCACGCGGGGGAGAAUCGUUUCACCGGUAUACAAGGUGGGAAACGUUUUACUGAAAAGCGCGCCCCUCCCAAACAUGAACUAAUUCACUCUAGGAAGAAACCAUUCACCUGUACAGAAUGUGGCAAAAGUUUUUCUGCAAAAUCCACAUUUUACGUCCACAAAAGAAAUCAUACUAGAAAGAACCGAUUCACCUGUACAGAAUGCGGGAAAAGUUUUACUGGAAAAGGAAGUCUUCAAACCCAUCAAAGAAUUCACACUGGAGAGAAACCGUUCACUUGUACAGAAUGUGGGAAGAGUUUUACUGGAAAAGGAAGUUUUCAAACCCACCAAAGAAUCCACACAGGUGAGAAACCCUUCACUUGUUCAGAAUGUGGCAAAGGAUUUGCUUCAGUGAACUACCUCCGUGUACACAAAAGAAUUCACACUGGUGCAAAACCGUUCACCUGCACCGAAUGUGGCAAAUGUUUCUCUGUAAAGAGCGUCCUUAACCGCCACUACAAAACUCACAUUGCAGAGAAACCGUUCUUUUGUGCGGAAUGCGGGAAAGGAUUUACUUCGAUGUAUUACCUUAAUGUACACAAAAGAAUUCACAAUGGAGAGAAACCAUUCACCUGUACAGAAUGUGGGAAAAGCUUUUCUAAUAAGGGCGCCCUUAAAUAUCACCACAAAACUCACACUGGAGAGAAACCGUUCGCCUGCACAGAAUGUGGGAAAAGUUUUUCUGUAAUGAGCACCCUUAAAUGCCACCUCAGAACGCACACUGGAGAGAAACCAUUCACCUGUACAGAAUGCGGGAAGAGUUUCACUGAAAAGAGUAUACUUCGAAAACACCAGAGAAUUCACACCGGUGAGAAACCAUUCGCCUGUACAGAAUGUGGCAAAUGUUUUUCUGUAAAGAGCGUCCUUAACCGCCACUACAAAACUCACACUGGAGAGAAACCGUUCACCUGCGCAGAAUGACGGAACCCUUUACAAAGAGUUAAAGUGCUAGAACUUCCCUGCUAGAAGAUGUAGAGUUGCUGUAUAAAGCUAAACGCUACUUGUAUUUUUGGCUAUAAAAUGUUUUCAGCUUACGAUGGGCAAAUGUGACGCUCAACUCUUUACAGUUGGGAGAAAUAUUUAGCCCAACAGAUAAAGUGCAGGAGCUUUUGCUAAAUCUAAGGCCGUGUUCCAGAGACUCUGCCCCAUAUCACUGCUGUCUCAUUGUAUCACAUUAGAGGCUUGACCAUAUAAUAAUAAUAAUAUAUAUCUAGCGCCUGAACACAAAGUCACACCAUAUUGUGCAGCUGUUGGGUAGGACGAGGGUUCUAAUACCUUGGGGUGUCCCAUGAGUCACCAGAUUUAGGUAAUGCCACUCAUUUUUGUGUUGACAUAAAGUACAAAGUGGAGUGAAACCAUGAGGAGGAGGAGGUCAGAGGAAGGAGUCACUGUGCAAUUGCUCAUGACAGCGCUAUAUAAAUAAAUGAUGAUGAUGAUGAUACACGGCAGGGUCUACUGGGAUUCACACAGUUAUUCCCGGGGGGCAAAAAUAAGAAUUGCUGGGAUAAGAUGAGAAAGAGAUUUAAAUCAAAUAACAGCGGUUCCUGCUAUUACUAAUGGGGGGGAGGGAAAUAGGGCAGUUUGGACGUCAUUCCCCUAGUGCCUUUAAUUUCCCUAAAAAAACAUAAAACCGUAACUAUUAACCUAACCUUAAACCCAAGAAGGAAUAAAUGAAAUAAAGGACCACGGAUACUCA